UGUUUUGGAAACGGCUUUGAAGUUUAAUCCGGUGUGUCAGGACGGAUCAUGGCGUAUUUCUUGAGGAACAAUUGUGAGUUCAACAAUUGCGGCAAGCAAUUCCCGACGCUGCACGAGCUCAUCACCCACAUCGAGUCCGUGCACAUUGAUUUCAGCCCGAAAGUAUUCGAUGAGAUAGAAAGAGCGAAACCUCAAUGCUUGCCGAUGAGUUACGUGUUGCGUUAUAGUCCCGACGAUGAGCCGACCAUCAAGCACGAAAUCGACCAUGGAGAUGAUGUCAUCAUCCAUGAACCAAUUGACAAGAAUAACAGUAUCGUCGAGGAAAUGAAGAAAGGUCCCGACGAUAUCGUCGACAUGAUGCGCGACAACAACAACAACAUUAACCCAGCAUCUGAGAAUUGCGCCUGGUUCAGUCACCAUCACGAGGUCGUCGAGGUUAAGGAUGAAGAUGAUUUGUACAGCAAACACAAGACUAAGAAGUUCAGUUGUCCGGUUCCUGGAUGUCCGAAACGCUACAAGAACGAGAACGGGAUGAAAUACCACAUGAUGAACCAUCACGACGUCGAUGGAAACUUGAUCAAACCUAAAAAGGAAUUCAAGUGUCCUUGCGGUAAAGACUACAAGACUCUGAGAGGCUUCCAGAGUCAUAUGCAGAAGCACAAGGAGCGACCGGAAGGCGAGUUGAACAGGACAAGAUUAGGGUAUCCUCCGCCCGUCUACUCGAGGAUGUACAAUCCGGAACCUCAUCGGAGGUUCUUCAGCAACGAGAUGAUGGCGUACCCACCGAUGGACAGGAAUUUUUCCGGAUUGGAAACCCACGAACCGGAGUUUCCCAUCAGCAUCGAAGCCAUGGAGAACGUGUCCAUGUAUAACGUUGAUAAUGAGCUGGCCAAGUACACAAUCCUAUAGUGUAGGAUCUAUUCGUUCUCUCGUAGAAUUCCGUUUAAUUUAAGUAGGAUAAACAGUUUACUUUUAUAUAUUUUAUUUUUGUUAUUUAAUAAGAAAAUAUUUUUUUUUUUUUAUAAAACUACAUUUUAUUCUCUCAACUGUGGACGGAAAAUGCAAUAUUCUGCAGCACCGUUUCGCUAUUAUCAUUGGCGUUGCACAAAACAAGUCAUUUGAACGUGUAAACUUUAUUAAAACAUUUUGUAUUUCAACUUAAAAUUAUCCUCAUUUUGCAAUUAUGAAUGUUGACCACUUGUUGAUCCGAGAAUGCGCACAUAAAAUUGUAUAAAUAUGACAAUUAUUUCAAUCCUGAUUGAAAAUGUCUUAUGUGCUUUUUUUUUUAAACGAAUUCCGCAUAAAUGUGUCAUUGAUAUCAAAAUAUGUUCUUUUUAUUAAAAGCUCUAUUGCCAUUCGUGGCAAGGAAAUUACUCGCGUGCCUUUAUUGGCACAUCCUGAGUUGGCACGUCGCACAAGUCUAUAUUGGUCUUCAAUUUUCCUUGCAUUUCCAGUUGUAAAUACAGAUUCUUGGAAAGAAAUUCAUUGAAAAUUUUUAUCUUGACAGAUUAUAUAACUCUCGCGUACGAACCAUGGUAACCUAAUUACCAUGGCAACCUGAAAUCGAAUGAUAUUGAUACGAAAUUGUUAUUUGUAAAUAUCAAUAUAUUUGGUUUAUAAUAAAAUAUAGACAGAUAAAGUACAUU